AGCAUCUCCAGUGGGCGAAACCGCCGGACAGCUCUGAGUGACGUUGGAGCUUCUCCGCUAAGGUGGGGCCACGAUUCCAUUACGCUUCCACCGAGCCUUCAUUCGUUGAGGGAGCUGUCGAGCCGUGUUGACCAAGGAGCGCCUCAGUAUGCCGUUGGUUCUGACAGUGGGCCAAGCAGUAGACAGACUCUGGGAGAAGAAGGGAUCCCUUGGCAUCAGGUCCUCCAGAGUGAAGACAAAGACCACCCUUCUCGGCCUCGUCGAAAGCGGCUACGAGUCAUUGCGAAAAAGUGGAUUCGGCCCCUAUUUGAGAGAACACCGUGAUGAGUUUGGGGGUGUCAUCAAGGAUAUCCCUUCCGAUGACAAUGCAACCGAGAAAAGGCAAGCAAGCUCCAAGAGGCAGCUUCUACGUCGUCGCAUUGUAUCGGCUUUCUUGGAGCUUCAAAUCAUGCUGAUCGGCCUCGCUGUGUGUAGCUUCACUAUCAAGGCCUACUACAACAUCACAGAAGCCAAUAGGAUCAGCGCCCAAUGGCUCAUGUAUGUGUUUCGUGUCUGCCGUGGGUCUGUUCAUUGCAGCAGCAUUAAUUCUUGCAGUUAACUCUUCAUGUAUGCGCGUACACCAGUUUGCUGAGGACGAGGGUGGGGAGGACGAUGGAGAUGAAGAAGAUGCAUAGCCUUACUCAUCCUACUAUACAAAGUACCUCUAUCUGUGUACAUGUUCGUAAAAUGAAUUGUGACGGUGAGACGAUAUCGAAUUCUAAUGUGUAUGAAGGAGAAAGAAAAGCAAAGCAUCCAGAAUCACACCCUGUUUUGGCUCCUCUCCAAUCGAAUGACCACGUCACAAACCUGACCACAAGAUUACCAUGUCAGGGUCAAUUUGCAAAGGAGUUUGGACCAAGAAUGAAGCCCAAUCAUUAGGCGGAAAAAUGCAUCUCGUUGGCACUAGAGUGGGUGAGGUCGCUUGAGCGUCGUGGGUGGAACGUCGGCAUGAUCAUUGAGACCGAGUGGAGCGGACAGAGGCCCCAGAAAAAACGAACGCAUUAUCGUCGAAAAACUGGUCAGUUCCGGUCUUCUCUUCGCCUAUUUCUGUGUAUGUCUUUCUCUGAGUGUAUCAUGCAGGCCGGUUUGGGCAUCCAUGUGCGAGGGUCGUCAUCGUAUCACACCCACAACCAGCAGCCGCCCCCACCUCCCCCCGACUUCACCGCUGGCAGCGACCCGUUCGCGUCAUGAGUUAGUGAUGGCUCAGGGAUAUGAGAGGCUGGUUUGUGGCCACGAGAAGCGGCCGCUCCGUGAGAAGGAUGGGCAUCUUCAGUUGGACCGCCGUUCAUGCCCGGCCACACUCCCAACAUCCCCUAAGCCUCCUCCAUUUCCCC